UGAAGUACUCUAUAAAUAGGCAGCAAGAUUUGAGCUCUAAUUGUAAGCACAUACGAGAAACAAGAGGUCCCAUCUCAAGCACAUCAAUCAAAGUAUUAAGUAGUUCGCUGCUACAAGUAAUGGCUUCUUCCAAGAUCUUCGUGGUCAUUGCCAUUUUAACUGUUUCUGUUCCUUUAGUUUUAGCUGUAGAACAUUUAGUUGGUGAUGAGACAGGUUGGACUACCAACUUUAAUUAUCAAUCUUGGGCUGCUGGGAAGGAAUUUCACGUUAGUGACAAACUUGUUUUUAAGUAUCCAGCAGGGGUGCAUAAUGUACUGAGAGUUGAUGGAACUGGAUUCCAAGAAUGCACAGCACCUGCUACCACUGAGGCAUUGACAAGUGGUGAAGACACAAUCACACUCGCAUCUCCUGGAAAGAAGUGGUACAUUUGUACUGUGGGCAAGCAUUGCGAGUCUGGUAACAUGAAACUUGCUAUCACUGUGUUGCCUGAGUUGGGUUCUCCGGAAACUUCGCCAUCUCCGGUUGCCGCUUCACCUUCUCCUAGUGAAAACCCAGUAUCAGCGGCAAUAGCCGGAGUUAAUGUAUCUGGUUCCUACAUAUUGGUUUUUGCUAUAGCUGCUAUUCUGGGGUUGGUGGUAGCUUAAUAUUGAAGUGAUGUAGUGAAAGCAUCACUGUUUUGUUGUAUUGAUUAAUUGAAUGUUUCUUUAAUUGGUCUGCGUUCUUUUGGAUCUGAAAGAUAUUUGCUUGUUAUAGGGUUUGAUUGAAAUAAUAAAUCAUAUAUGUUUCUCUCAA